AUGUCGUCCCCCUUUCGCAUCAUUGAGCAUGUCGUGCCCACUCAGCACAUCAGGGAGUAUCCUGGCGCCACGGCCAACGACCAGGAAGAGCCCCUAUAUCUGGCCGUGAAACAAUAUAUCCCACUCGACAAUCUCAAUCCACAACCAGGCGACAUUACCAUCCUUGGUGCCCACGCGAAUGGCUUCCCCAAGGAACUAUAUGAACCACUUUGGGAGGAGAUAUACGCCCGAUCUAAGCAGAAUGGGAUGCGCAUUCGCGGUAUCUGGAUGGCCGACGUGGCGCAAGAAGGCCAGAGCAGCGUGAUCAAUGAAGACUCCCUCGGAAAUGACCCUAGUUGGUUUGACCACCCCCGAGACCUCCUCCACCUAAUCAACGUCAAGCGGGCUGAAAUGCCCCGGCCUAUUGUUGGCAUAGGGCAUAGCAUGGGAGGCGCCCAUCUCGCACAACUGUGCCUAAUGCACCCCCGACUCAUCCACACACUAGUCCUCCUAGACCCAGUGAUCCAGCGCCAAACCACUCAACUAGACAGUCUCAGCCUGCAAAUAAACAAGCGCGUGAUCGCCAAAACAACCCAACUAUCAACCCACCGGCGCGAUCUCUGGCCCUCCCGCCAAGCAGCCGCAGAAAGCUUCCGCCGCAGCCCCUUCUACCAAACCUGGGACCCACGAGUGCUAUCCCGCUGGAUCGAGUACGGCCUGCGCGACCUCCCAACAGCCAUCUACCCCAAGACCCCGACAGACAAAACCACCGGGCCCCCAGUAACACUCCGAACUACACUGCACCAAGAAGUGUUCACCUUCUCGCGGCCAAACUACACAAACAUCCCCAACAGCACCAAGCCCGUCAACCGCGUGACACACCCAGACCUAGACGCAACCCACGCGCACAGCUACCCCUUCUACCGACCAGAGCCAGCCCGCAUCUUCACUCAGAUUCCUUUCCUGCGUCCUAGCGUGUUGUACAUCUUCGCCGGCAAGUCGGACAUGUGCGUGCCCGCUAUGCGCGCCGACAAGCUCGCUAACACCGGUACCGGGCUGGGCGGCAGUGGCGGCGUGGCUGCGGGCCGUGUGCGUGAUGUCUUCCUCGAGGAUUUUGGUCAUCUCCUUGCCCAGGAGGCUGUGAAUGAAUGCGCUGAUGCGGCGGUUUGUUGGCUUGCGCCAGAGAUCCGUCGCUGGCAGGCUGAAGAGGAGAGUUUCCGCGGGGCUUGGAGUCGGAAGUCUAAGGUUGAGAAGGUUACUGUUGAUGCGGAGUGGUUGGAGAAUGUUCCUGCGCCAGCGCGUAGGCCGAAGGCGGUACAGAAUGGGGAGUCGAAGCUAUAG